AUGGCGGGGACGGAAAUUCUACCCGCAGUUGCCAUCAGCCUGCGCAGGCAGGCGAGGAGGAGCGGGGGCCAUGGCUGUGCGGCACAACCCCCCCUCUGCUUCCCUCCCCGCAGGACCUGCUUGCACUGGGCCUGUAAGCGGAACCAGGCGCAGGUGGUGGCCUGCCUGCUGGAUGCCGGGGCCGAUAAACAGCUCCUCACCGCCGAAGGAGAGCUGGCCGCACAGUUAACUUCGAAACCGUGCAUCCGGAAGAUUUUGGGAGAGGAAGAAACCGAGUGUCAAGGAGUGAAGGAUUUGAACUUGCCCGUUGUCGCAAACUGCCUGGCCAGCCCACCAUUCCCUUACGGUUAUGGGGAAGAAAGCGUUCCAGACAGCUUGGCAGAAUCCCAGCAUGAAAGUGCUUCCAUCUCGUCUUCCCAGUGUGAAACUAGUCCUCGUUCCUCAGCAGCUCAGGGCGAAAGCACACACACCCCCACAUCGGGCAACAGCGAGGACGACCUUCCUGCGCGGAACGGCCCCCUUUGCCAGCCGUCCCUGGCUCGCAGCAGGGCUCUGUCCUCCCCGGCAGCCUCCCAACCCCUGCAAGCCGCCAGCUCGCCCGCUGGUCCUGCACCCACCUUCCAGCCCUUGUUCUUCACUGGAACUUUCCCGUGUAACAUGCAAGAACUUGUGCUUAAGGUGAGAGUGCAGAACCUGCGAGACAACGACUUCAUUGAAAUUGAGCUGGACAGGCAAGAACUGACCUAUCGGGAUCUGCUGCGAGUGAGCUGCUGCGAACUGGGCGUUAAUCCGGAGCACGUAGAGAAGAUCAGAAAGUUACCCAACACGCUGGUGAGAAAGGACAAGGAUGUUGCCAGACUUCAGGACUUCCAGGAGCUGGAGCUGGUUCUUGCGAGGGGUGACAGCUCUCCGUUCCGACACGCCGCAUCCACGCUGAGCGAGAGACCGUGCUACAACAGCAGAGCAUCCAAGCUGACGUACUGA